AUGGCGGUCGUUGUUGAUCCUUGUGAAAUACUCAACGUUUGUGCGAAUGAAACUAACAACAAAACCUACGAGAAUUUGUUAAAGUAUAAAGAAUACUUCCAAGUGCAACCUGACAAGAAAAUUAAAUGGCUAGGAAAUUUUGACGAACUGAAAUGUUUGAUAUUUGAUUUGUUUGGUGCCGAUGGGAAAUGGAGUUCGCCGAGAGGCUCAGCAAAGGCAUUUCAAAACGAUAAAAUAACUAUUACAUAUUACACCAACAAGAAAUCUUUGUUAUUUCAAGGCCAAGAAGGUAACCGUUUGAAAGAGGUUAUAUUAAAUCAAUCAAGUAAGAGUUCUGACUUGCUUACGGACAGUAUAGUUAGUCAUGAAUCUAUCCUUUGUGCUUCAAACAAUGAUAACCUGUUAUAUGCAAGUCAAACCGUGGCCAAAACAGCUAAAAUAUCUAUGAUUAGCAACAAUACUAGAUCUAAAAGCGAGGUAACCCUUGAAGAUCUACAAGACUUUAUCGACUUUUCAUAUCAAAAUAUAUUGCCGCUAAGUGAUAAUGCCAAUUUAUCUUCUACCCGAACCUUUGAUUGUUCUACCCCGUCUCGCCCGAGUGUUGAUGACAACUCGCCUGCUAUAGAGAAACUUUUUGGCACUUUCAAAAGGGAGUUUGAAUCUAAGGUCGAAGCCCUGAUUUUCGAACUUUCGGAGCAGAGGGAAACCAUUGACAGAUGUAAACAGGAUAUAUGUAAAUUGACCAGUGAAAAUUUAAAUCUAAAGUCACGCCUGGCGGAACUCGAACAAAAAGCGUUUCCUAAGAAUAAAUCUAAUAACGUUAUUAAAAACGCUGAAACCAACGAUGUUAUUAGUAGCACUCUAUCAUAUUACCUGCCCUCAACUGUCUCAAACGAAGCCCCUAGCACAACUAAUGGUCCUACUAUCAGCUCCCUAGUAAAUAACCACCAAGUAUGUGUCCCCAUGGAGGGCUCUAGUGAAACUGCCGUAUUUUGCAGUCCCUCUUUAAACAAUCAACCGGCGGUUGUCUGCGACAAGGGAAACAAUUCAAAACGUAAGCCCUUACCAGCUAAAGAAUGCAUGCCUCCCAAAGCUAAUGAAAACAUUGAGCCAUCGAACCACCGAUUGACCAGGUCCAGCAAAGUUAUUCCCCCUACCCAUAAAGAAUCCCAACCUAUUCCAACUAGGAUUACGUACCGCGUCCCACCAAACGCUAAAAUGAAAACCAUCCGAGGAAAUAGUAAAUACCGGAAGAACCAACAGGUACAUAAUGGCAACUAUACCGAUAAAUAUAAUAGAAGACCCGCUUCUAUGCAGACUGCGAGAAACCAAGCAAAAGAGAAACAUAUUUAUCCGCGCCCUUUUCAACAAGCCCCCCGGUUUCAUUAUCCAUGGACAAAACUUGGGAAUUUUAUGAAGGAGUGGCAAGCAUAUCUAAAUUUUGUUCGCAUGACAGUGACAAAUCCUCCCAAGUUACCCCGCCAUCCUUCAUUUCCUUUACAACGAAUAGAAACAUUGGUUUAG